AUGGGCAAGUCACAAUCCAAGCUUUCCCCAGCCCAACUGGACGAACUUCAAAAGGCGACGCAUUUCGAUAAGAAGGAGCUUCAGCAAUGGUACAAAGGUUUCCUAAAGGACUGUCCAUCAGGGACCCUCACGAAGGAGGAAUUCCAAAAGAUCUACCGGCAGUUCUUUCCCUUCGGCGACCCGUCGUCAUUUGCAAACUAUGUGUUCCGGGUGUUCGACUCCGAUAACAGCGGGAUGAUCGACUUCAAGGAGUUCAUCUGCGCGCUGUCGGUGACGUCGCGCGGCAAGAUGGAGGAUAAGCUGGAUUGGGCGUUCCAGCUGUACGAUAUCGAUGGGGACGGGAAGAUCACGUACGACGAGAUGUUGGCGAUUGUGGAGGCGAUUUAUAAGAUGGUCGGUUCGAUGGUCAAACUCCCGGAAGACGAAGACACCCCCGAGAAGCGGGUGCGGAAGAUCUUCCGCAUGAUGGACAAGGACGAGAACGGCAGUCUGGACAUGGAGGAGUUCAAGGAGGGCAGCAAACGGGACGAGACGAUCGUCAGCGCGCUCUCGCUGUACGAUGGUCUGGUAUAG